UUUCUUUGCCAGGCUUAUAUAUAUAUUAAAAAAGAGGGCAUCUAAAUCACACUCGAGCUGGCAGUCAAAUUCAUAAUCCUUCGAGAAACUCCAGCGCGCAUGCUCCCAGCGUAGCGUGACUUCCGCUGUCGUUACAGUGUUAUAAAGUUUAAAACAGUUAACUGCUGAAGAGAAAAGGUUGAAGGAGAUUUAAAAUAACGAAUCUAGCCAAAGAAUGAUUUGGUGUCACUAUUGUUUAAUUUUAUAUUUUCACUGAUUUUAGAUGCUAGUUUUGCUAGUCGUUAUUGUUUGUUCCUGAAAGUGUUGUUUUAAUCUCCUCAGACGUCAUGGUGGUUGUACUUCCGGCUCACCGAUAAAUCUGGAGUGGUGAAUAAAAUAACGCGCCCUUUUAUUGGGUGAGCAAACGGUGAUUAAAACAAUGUACCAUGUGAAUACUCCAAAUUUUUUUAUUGGAAUAAUCAUCAUUGAUGUGGAAGUAUAUGCCUACUGUAAGGAACAGAAUUACACAAUUUUAUAUCCUAUGCUCUCUUAGUCUGGGACAGAAUCUCUAAAGAAUAUUUUCAUAUCUCCAGUAAGCCUGUGGUUCUGACUGACACUAACUUAGUGGGUUCGGCCAUGAAGUGGGAUAGUCACUAUCUUCAAGAAAAUCUGGGAGACAGUCCUUGUACUGUUUACUUGUCUAAAACUCACAAGUUUAAGUAUUUUGAUGCCAAUCAGACUAAGAAAUGUGAUAAUGAUUUCUCUCCACCAACUGAACAGAUAGUGAUGAGAUUCCAGGAGUUUGUAAAGCGUCUGAAAAGUUGGAAAGAAGGAGAUAAACGGCUGUACAUGCAAGAGCCUCUCAAUGAAAAAAUUCUGAAAAGCUUGCAGUUAGUCAAUGAUAUUCUUACAUUUAAUUGGGGUUGGGCAAGAAUGCAGCAAAAACAGAAUAACUGGGGACCGCUCACAACCAAUCUCCUCAUGAUUUCAACUCAAGGUAAUGUCACACCUGCACACUUUGACAAUCAGCACAAUUUGUUUGCACAAAUAUAUGGCUAUAAGAGGUUUAUUUUAUUUCCUCCUGAAGAUUAUGACAAACUUUAUCCACACCCUGUAUGGCAUCCUCAUGACAGACAAAGUCAAGUUGACUUUGACUAUCCAGAUUAUACCAAAUUUCCAAAAUUUCAUGACAUCAAAGGACAUGAGGCAUUAUUGGGUCCAGGUGAUGUUUUGUAUCUACCAUUGUACUGGUGGCAUCAUGUGGAAUCUCUUCUUCAAACUCACUUUACCAUUUCAUUAAAUUUUUGGUACAAGGCUGGACCAAAUCUUUGUUUAUCAGAUUCCACAUUGUAUCCACUAGAAGGUUACCAGAAAAUGGCAAUUAUGAGGAAUGUGGAGAAAAUGCUUGUCGAAGCACUCAGGGAUGUAAAUGAAGUUGGACCAUUACUACGAACAAUUCUGGAGGGCAGAUAUAACUAAAAUAUGAAAGUUGUGGUGCCAGUUAAUUUCUAAGUCUACCUUGGUAGAAACUUUUAUGUUCCAAAGUACUCUUAUAUGAUGAAUUCCAAAAAAAUCAGGGCAUUAAUUUUGAAAACAAAAUUAAAAUUUUUUAAUUGUUGGAUAUCAAACUAAGCCAUAAUUCAAAGAUAUAUUGAUUUGUGAAUUGAAAUAUUCUUAUAAUGCUUGGUUUCACCUAAUGAUUUAAAGUUUAACAAAUAUUAUCGUAGACUGUGGAGCCAUUAGUACUAAUAUCAGUUUUUUGCUCAACUUUUUGUUUUCUAGGCCAAAUCUGAGUGUAUCAAGUUAAAAUAAUACUGCUAUAUUUUGAUGGAGAAUUUCCUUUUUUUUUUAAUUGUACUGAGCGUUAACAAAUACUUUAAGCUUUAGUACUUUUUCUUGAGCUCUUAUAAUGACAGGAUCAUGUUGUAGUAAAAAAAUAAAUAUAUAUAUUUUAAUUUGUUAUUAAAAUAAUAGUGUAAACGAAAAUAUU